AUGCCUCCUCCCGCUUCCUCCAUAGCUCCUGACGGUACGAAACUGUCCUUGGACGAUGGUCCGGUGAAUUCAGCCAAACUAUUGAUUAGUGAAAAAUUGCGCCAGGCAGAGACGAACUUCGUCGGUCCUUUGCGAGCCAUUUUCAAGGAUGCCUUCAAAAACUAUCCAACUGCAACUUCGUAUUUUAUGAUUUUCUGCGGUCUUAGCUUGUUACCGAUCAUGUGUUUCGUUGGGUUUACCAUCUUCAUUGCAUCAGCCCUGUUAGCUACAGGAUUGGUUUUCGUUUUGACCUGGGGUGGUGUUAUGAUCGGUUCUGCUCGUUGA